CUUCUUGCUCAUCCUUGAAGAUGGACAGGGCAGACACAUGGGGGUUUGUUAGUGGUGGGAGAUGUUUAUAUCUCAAGUUGCUUUUAUGAUUGUGUUCUUAAGUAUUCUAGGCAUAUUCUCUUCUUAUUGUGCUUCCCUUCACGGCUUCUUCGUAUGGAUUUGAACGAGAGUAACGUUCAUUUUUCUCUUGCCAACGGUAUUGCAAAGCUUGAUAGUUUCGGUGACACUGCUCUCACCUUGAAAUGCCUUGGAACCACUCACUACAACCAUAAGCUUUGUUCUGAUGUUUCCAACUGUCCUGAUGGUGGUUGCGGCUUGGUUCUUGGUUUAGGUCCAACACCUCCUUCUUAUUAUUACAACAGUGUCAACAAAGUCUCAGCUUCUUCUGGGACUUUCUCAUCAGGAGGUAACUCAAUUCUGCAACUCGGUCCUCCUGCUGUGACCACCAUGGAUACUUUCAGCGGCCUUGAUUGUUCGCUGCUGACAUAUACAGAGACUAAUGUCUCCCAAGCUGAUGAGGGUUCCACCUCUGCAAAACGUUCAGGUGGCUAUAUGUCAUCGCUUCUCUUCGCUCCGAGGACUGAAACCGUUAGAAAACCUUCACAGCUGAGCCAGUGUGAGUCAGAGUUCUCUUUCUCUGACAGAACAGUAUCUGCUACUACUUCUUCUCAGCAUAGGACGACAAACCCUAAGAAGUGCAAGUUCAUGGGAUGUACCAAAGGAGCUAGAGGAGCAUCAGGGCUCUGCAUUGGGCAUGGAGGUGGGCAGAGAUGUCAAAAGCCAGGCUGCAACAAAGGCGCUGAGAGCAAAACUACUUUCUGCAAAGCCCACGGUGGAGGAAAGAGAUGCCAACACUUGGGGUGUACAAAGAGCGCUGAAGGGAAAACAGACUUCUGUAUAUCUCACGGCGGUGGAAGACGUUGUGGGUUCCCUGAGGGAUGUGCUAAAGCUGCACGUGGCAAGUCAGGGCUAUGCAUCAAACACGGUGGUGGUAAGAGGUGUAGGAUUGAAGGGUGUACAAGAAGUGCUGAAGGACAAGCUGGGCUUUGUAUUUCACAUGGUGGUGGGAGGCGUUGUCAGGCACCAGGGUGUACUAAAGGUGCUCAAGGGAGUACAAACUACUGCAAAGCUCAUGGUGGUGGGAAGCGUUGUAUAUUUGCUGGAUGUACUAAAGGAGCUGAAGGGAGUACACCGCUGUGUAAAGCUCACGGUGGUGGGAAGCGUUGCAUGUUUGAUGGAGGUGGGAUUUGUCCUAAGAGUGUUCAUGGUGGGACGAGUUUCUGUGUAGCUCAUGGUGGUGGGAAGAGAUGUGUGGUUGCAGGGUGUACUAAGAGUGCUCGUGGGAGGACUGAUUGUUGUGUGAAGCAUGGUGGUGGGAAACGGUGUAAGUCUAUUGGGUGUGAGAAGAGUGCUCAAGGGAGUACUGACUUUUGUAAGGCGCAUGGUGGUGGGAAACGGUGUUCUUGGGGAGGGGUGUGUGAGAAGUUUGCUAGAGGGAAGAGUGGUUUAUGCGCUGCGCAUAAUAGUAUGAUGUGUCAGGAGAAAGGUGGGAGUAAGAUUGGUUUGAUUGGUCCUGGACUAUUCCGUGGACUUGUCUCUACCUCUUCUCAGACCACUACCACUACUACUACAACAGAUCAUUCUCAGUCUGGAGUCAGUGUUCUCUCUGAUUGCACAGACUCUAUUGACCGUUCUCACCAGCUGCAUCAUUACAGUCCUGAGAAAAGACAGAAGGUGAUGAUACCAAUGCAGGUUCUUGUGCCACCAUCCAUGAAAUCUUUAAGCUUCACAGACACUGAGAGACCACCAAACAACAGUAGCAACAGCAAUGGGAGGAACGUGUUUGACUUUAUGAUUCCGGAGGAGAGAGUUCAUGGGGGAGGGCUAAUGUCUCUGCUUAAUGGCAGCAUGAACCAGACACAACUCCAUUGAUGGAACUUGGAAGCUUUGCUCCACCACCAAGAAGCUGUAGAAUCUGUGUAAAAGCUUAUGUAAUAUGUAUAGUUUGCCUUUCUCUCUUUGGUCCUUUGUAUAUUCAUGGGUCUGUGUUUUUGUAUGGUCUUGUAACGAGUCUUGACCUGAAGAUGUAGUCGAUGGCUCGAACCCCAGUCUUUAAUUAUUUAAUUUGGAAUGUUGCAAUGUAGUAAAAGUGUUCCUAUUGCUUUCUUGUUACUUAAACCGGAGAUUCUUAGUUUGAAUUGUAAAACCAUUUUCGGUUUAUUCUGAUUAAUGGAAAGGUUUUUGCAAUG